CUUGGCUGUGGCUUCAGUGCAACAGAGGGAGUCUGUGCAUUUAGCUGUGAGGACCCGGGCCUGCUCAGAGGUUCCCGGUGGAUGGGAGAAGAAGAGCUGUCCAGGGAAUCCAACCCCCAGGGGCUCCUUGCUGGCAGCCCUGAAAACGGAUGAGGUCUGAGAGGUCGCUGACCCCAAUCAUUUUCCUAAGAAACCUUUAAGAGUUAUUGCCAUGGAGACCAAGGACUCUGGAGAUUUGGAAAAGCUCCAAAGGGAAUCAGUGAGUGGUUCUUGGAAAAUGAAUGAUGAACCAGCCGGAAUCCGGCCUGAGUUACUCCCAGAAGACAAGGAUACUCUCCAGGCUGACGAGGAAGCCCACUACCACGUCCCAAUCCAGAGGAAUUCCAUCUUCAAUCGUGCCAUGAGACACAGAAGCAAAGCAAGGACCAGGGGCACACCCGAUCAGAGCUCCAGCCGCCUGGCAGAUUCACAAGGAAGUGAAAAACCUGAAAACAAGGCCCUGGCUUCAAAUCUGCCGGCAAACAGAGCCCCUCUCUGGAGACUGCCCCUACAGAGGGGCCCCGGAGCCCAGGCAGCCAGCGAAUCGUCCUCCACCCCGGGAAAUGGGACCACGCCCGAGGAGUGCCCGGCCCUCGACAGUCCCACCACGCUCACCGAGGCCCUGCAGAUGAUCCAUCCCAUUCCCGCCGACUCCUGGAGACUCCUGAUCGAGCAAAUUGGGCUUCUGUAUCAAGAAUAUAGAGAUAAAUCAACUCUCCAAGAAAUCGAAGCCCGCAGGCAACAGGAUGCUGAAGUACAGGGCAAUGCUGAUGAGUGUCCAGGCGGGGAUGACACCCCAGAGGAGGAGGAGGACGAGGAGGACGAGGAGCUGGCCAGCCCACCCGAGAGGAGAACGCUGCCCCAGAUCUGCCUGCUCAGCAACCCCCACUCCAGGUUCAACCUGUGGCAGGACCUUCCUGAGAUCCGGAGCAGUGGUGUGCUUGACAUCCUCCAGCCCGAGGAGAUCAAGCUGCAGGAGGCCAUGUUUGAGCUGGUCACCUCCGAGGCCUCCUACUACAAGAGCCUGAACCUGUUGGUGUCCCACUUCAUGGAGAACGAGCGGAUGAAGAAGAUCCUGCACCCAUCCGAGGCCCACAUCCUCUUCUCCAACGUCCUCGAUGUCAUGGCUGUCAGCGAGCGGUUUCUGUUGGAGCUGGAGCACCGCAUGGAGGAGAAUGUGGUCAUCUCUGACGUGUGUGACAUCGUGCACCACUACGCGGCCGACCACUUCUCGGUUUACAUCACAUACGUCAGCAACCAGACCUACCAGGAGAGGACACAUAAGCAGCUGCUCCAGGAGAAGGCAGCUUUUCGGGAGCUGAUCGCACAGCUGGAGCUGGACCCCAAGUGCAAGGGCCUGCCCUUCUCCUCCUUCCUCAUCCUGCCCUUCCAGAGGAUCACACGCCUCAAGCUGCUAGUCCAGAACAUCCUGAAGCGGGUGGAGGAGAGGUCUGAGCGCGAGUGCACCGCCUUGGAUGCCCACAGGGAGCUGGAAAUGGUGGUGAAGGCAUGUAAUGAGGGUGUCCGGAAGAUGAGCCGCACGGAGCAGAUGAUCAGCAUCCAGAAGAAGCUGGAGUUCAAGAUCAAAUCGGUGCCCAUCAUCUCGCACUCCCGCUGGCUGCUGAAGCAAGGCGAACUGCAGCAGAUGUCCGGCCCCAAGACCUCCCGCACCCUGCGGACCAAGAAGCUCUUCCGAGAAGUUUACCUCUUCCUCUUCAACGACCUGCUGGUGAUCUGCCGGCAGAUCCCGGGAGACAAGUACCAAGUAUUUGACUCAGCCCCAAGGGGCCUGCUGCGUGUGGAGGAGCUGGAAGACCAGGGGCAGACACUGGCCAACGUGUUCAUCCUGCGACUGCUAGAGAACGCGGAUGACCGGGAAGCCACCUACAUGCUGAAGGCGUCCUCACAGAGUGAGAUGAAGCGCUGGAUGACCUCACUGGCCCCGAACAGGAGAACCAAAUUCGUUUCAUUCACAUCUCGGCUGCUGGACUGCCCUCAGGUCCAGUGUGUGCACCCGUACGUGGCCCAGCAGCCGGAUGAGCUGACGCUGGAACUGGCCGACAUCCUGAACAUCCUGGAGAAGACGGAGGACGGGUGGAUCUUUGGUGAGCGCCUGCACGAUCAGGAAAGAGGCUGGUUCCCCAGCUCCAUGACGGAGGAGAUCCUGAACCCCAAGAUCCGCUCCCAGAACCUCAAGGAGUGUUUCCGAGUGCACAAGAUGGAGGACCCUCAGCGCAGCCAGAAUAAGGACCGCAGGAAGCUGGGCAGCAGAAAUCGGCAAUGACCCACAGCUUGGUGCCAGCCUGGAGGAGGGGCAGGACAGGAGGAACAGGCGGACACAGAGGGCCCUGGGAAGGGUCACCCAGUGCCUUCCCAGGCAACAGGAAGGGUUCCUGCCUAGCCUGUCCCCGCCUGCCUUGUGAAGGCUCUCUUAUCUUGAUUCUUCUCGAAAUUUACUUUCCCGCUGGAGAAGGGAGGAGAAACCUUUCCGCAGUAUUAUACCGCCUCUUCUGCAUCCCAGAGCCGGAGGGGGACAGGCAUGCCCUGAGAGCCUUCCAGCGACUGGAAGAAACUCAGACGCAGGGCCUCUGGCAAGAGGUAGGCAGGUGGCGCCCACUAUUGGGAUCCCCUGCAUUGCACGUAUCCUUCCCCACCUCGGAAGCCAGGCAACAGCCUGCCAGGCCCGGGACGGGCUGCCCUUGCUGGGAGCUUGACAACUCGCUGGACAGAGCACCUGCCUCCGCCACCCUUGCCCAUGCCUCUGCCAGCCUCUACUGCACCGCACGGCCAGGCGCUGCCUGUGGCAGGCCUUCCAGAGCCUGGCUGAGGGCUCACGUCACCUCUGGCUCCUCAAAGGGCUAGAGAAUGUCAUUUGUGUCUCCUGGCCCUUGAGGGAGCCCAGGUGUUUUGCGGAAUGAAUUGGUCACUGCAUCCUGUACGGUCAUGGUUCUGAGAAAAGCAAAUAUCAUUUUUGGCUGCAUUAAAAAGAAGCAUAUGUAUAAAAUAAA